CUGGCCGCCUAAUCUAUAUCUACAUACAUUCCCCUCCCUGGGUUCUAUCAACCCCAAUAUCCUCCCAGCGCUUUUGAUCUCCCGUCCUGCAGUCUGGUUCCCCAUCGUCGUAUGCAUUAGCAAGUACUUGGAGACUGCUUGGUGAGCUGCAACCAUGGCCGACCAAUCUGUCUUCCGUAUCACAAAGGAGUUGAGUGAUCUACAGAAGAACUCGGAUCUCUCACUCGCUGUCGCUUGCCGAGACAUAGACGUCCGUAAUGUCAAGGCCCUGAUUAUCGGCCCUCACGAGACCCCCUACGAAUUCGGUUUCUUCGAGUUUGCCUUCAAGUUUAACAAAGAUUAUCCCCGCAAAUCCCCCAACGUUCUCGCUCUUACUACCAAUGGCGGCCGUUGCCGAUUCAACCCCAACAUCUACUCCAAUGGGCGAGUCUGCUUGUCCAUCCUAGGGACAUGGCGCGGCGAGCGGGGAGAGGAGUGGUCUGCCGCCCAAGGGCUCGAGUCCAUUCUCAUCUCUAUCCAGAGCCUGAUGUCCGGCAACCCGUACGAGAACGAGCCCGGUUUCGAGGAUGCGAACGAGCCUUCGGACAAAAAGCACCAGAAGGAAUACGUUGAGAAGAUCCGUCACGAAACGCUUCGAAUUUCCGUCAUCCAGAGGUUAGAGGAGUACCUCGGUCUGGAUGGUGAUGGUACCAUACCAUCACAGUCGGCGAGCAAGGAGACGUACGACAUUGAUAUGGACACCAUGGACGACGAUACGACAGCCCCGUUCGAGCCAUUCAAGGACUUGUGCAAGCGUCGGUUUCUGUGGUACUAUGAUUCAUACCUUGCUACGAUCCAGAGAGGAAAAGACGAGGUCAAAGACGGUCAACCGUUUGCACGUAUGCCGUUCGAAGGUUCAAGUAAUACGAUGGAGGGUAAAUUCAACUAUUCCGAACUCGAGCGACGGCUGCGCAACAUCAAAAAGGCGUUGGAGGUUGAGGCCGAGAUGUGGGCAGCUGAAGGCCACACCGCUAAAGGCAAGGAGUCGACAGUUGCCGUUAAUCUACAGCGCCAGUUUGAGCAGGUUGUCGAGUCCUUCAAGAGGACGGAUAAACCUCACAAUGUCGAACUCGAGGAUAAGAACCCCUUUGUCUGGAUCCUGACCUACUUUGGCAAGCCCAUGACGAACCUGGAUGGCGGCUUGUUCCGCAUCAAGAUAUCCUUCAGCCCUCGCUUUCCUGAAGAGCAGCCGCGCAUCAAUUUCGAAACACGCAUCUUCCACCACCGCAUCGCUGCCGACGGCACGCCCUGCUAUUUCUCCCCUCUGAGCCGGCGCGAGGAUGCCAAGUCGCACAUUGAAGCCGUCAUCGACGCUCUCGAGGAGGAGCAACCCCCUUACGACCCUCGAACGAUAAUCAACCCAGAGGCAUUCAAGCUGUACUGGGGCAGCAGUGAUGAUCGGAAGGUGUAUAACAGAAGGCUCCGCCGCUCAGUCCAGCAGUCCAUGGAGUGAGAUAUC